AAAAGUAUAUGCAAAAGUGAUAAAAAUAUGUACUCUCAAAUAUAUGCUUUUCUAUCUAAACUUUACUUUUCAGCUUGCAUUAUUUUUGUAAAUUAAAGGUCUAAAUCCAGCUCUAAAGUUCUGCAAUCCCUGAAGAUCCUCUGAUCUAAUUCUAGCUUAACAUGUUGCAUUACUCUAUUUAUUAAAACGUGUUAGCUAUUUUCUUUAUCUCAUUAAGUACUAUUAUCCAGUAAAGCAUAUUAGGGACUACUACUGAAAGAGAACGUCACUUGCACUUUCCAACUUUCAUUUGCAAUCAUAUAUAGACGAAACUCAGCAGUUUUAAUGGUUUUCAUUAUAAUUGAGGACAAUUUUCUCGAGAAUUCUUCUUGAAAUUGCUCAUUUGAGAUGGGCAUCACUGGAGAGUUGGUACGGAGUGUCUUCUCUAGAAACCGGUCUGUUGGGACUCAUGAAAGCAAUGUAAGGAGCAAUGUGGUGGAAAAGAAACGAUGGAGCUCUGUUAGAGCAUACCUUUGUGGUGAUGAAUUCAAUUCAGUUGUUGCAGAGGAGGAUUCAGCUUCAGUUAAAAGCUCUGAGGCCACUGUUACACAGCCCAUACUAGAAGACUUGACAGACAAAGUAGAUAUCCGAAGUGAAGAAACCAAGGAAGAUAUACCAGAGGAAGAGCGGGAUUCAACCCAUAAUUUCUUGUGUGAAGAAAAUGCCGCAACCAUCAUUCAGUCAGCAUUUAGAGGCUUUCUGGUUAGGCAUCAAAUUGAAGGAAUAAAAUUGAAAGAUGGUAACCAGGAUCUUAUUGUGGAAACAGAAAGUCCAAGUAGGGAGUCUGUGGGCACAUCAGUUGAGGUUCAAACAGGAAAUUCGGCUGAAGUCUUCUCAGUACAAGAAGAGAGAGUGGCAAUUCCCCACCGAAUGCAACAGAAGGCCAGAACUCAAGUUCUACAGCUGAAGGAAGACUGGGAUGAUAGCACAGUGAGUAGCAACAUAUCUAAAAUGAGAAUUCAGAGCAGACUGGAGGCAACAACUAGGCGAGAGAGAGCACUAGCUUAUGCUUUCUCACAACAGCUUCGAAUCUGUUCAAAGAGAAAACAGUACCAAGCCAAUGGCGAAGAACCAAACAUGGGUUGGAGCUGGCUAGAUCGGUGGAUGGCAACCCGCCUUCCAGAAAGCUCCUCAGUUGAAAUCCAUAUAAACAAGCAGCUUGAACCAUUUGACAGCAAUCAAAGACUCAUGCUCAGCAAACAAUUUUUCGAUGUAGCAGGAGAAGAAAAAGAAAGCGGUGGCUCAAAUGAGGUGUCUGUCCAAUUUGACAGCUUUAAAGUAGCUGCACCAAAAGUGAAAGAUGGAUUGAAGCCUAACAAAAACAGGCUUAAGGCUCCCAGAACUGUGUCUAGGCGGAAAACUGUGCCAAGCUACCAUAGCACAAAAGAGUACACCAAGGUGAGUAUGAAGGAUGGUUCAAGGGAGACUGAAAAGGAAAUAAAGAACAAUCAAAACCAAGUGGGCAGCAAAAGAGAAAUUAAAUUAAAAAGUAAUUCAUCUUAACAGUCUCCUGAUUUCCUGAUCAGUAACUUGCCCAAAGUGGUUCUAAAAUCUGUCAAGACAACCCAUGUUUGUUUUUACAGUCUAGAAUGUAUUCUAUUUCGCUUGUAAAUGUCAAGACUCAAAAUCAUUAUCUUAUCUGCUAAA